CCAAGACCCAGGAUUCUUCUUAAAGGGAUGGAAAUGUGAAAUACAAUUCAUUAGGCCUGAUGACAUCAGCCAAUAGCAGCAGAAAAAAGACAGCCUGAGGAGGAAGGGCCAUUGCUGGGCUGCCAGAAGGUACAAAAAGUGCGCCUAGAAAAGAGGCUCGCUGAGGAACAGCUAUGCAAAAUGUAGCAGGAGGCUGGAAGGUGAAGGAGAGGAGGUCCUGAGUCAGAGGAAGACCGCUGCCAGCACUAGCCAGCAGCAGCCCGGGGGAAGAGGGCUCACUACUUACUUCCUGCACAAUGUUCUGGGUAAAGAAAAUGAGACUGUUAGUCCUUCUGAUGCUCCAAGCUGUUGCUCUCCUCCUCUUCUUCCAGUAUUUGUAUGGCCCCAGUUACUGCCCUGGUAGAGCAGAGAAAUCAGGUCCUGUGCAUGUGCUGAUCUUGUCCUCUUGGCGCUCAGGUUCUUCCUUUGUGGGCCAGCUUUUCAGCCAGCACCCAGAUGUCUUUUACCUGAUGGAGCCAGCCUGGCACGUGUGGGGGACCCUUUCCUCUGGCAAUGCUGAGCAGUUGCAGAUGGCUGUGAGAGACCUGAUUCAUUCAGUCUUCCUCUGUGACAUGACUGUCUUUGAUGCCUAUAUGGAUCAGGGUCCAAGAACACUGUCCAAAGUCUUCCAAUGGGAGGCUAGUAGAGCACUGUGUUCCCCACCCUCAUGCCCCCUCUUUAAGAGGGAGGCCAUCAUCUCCCAGGAUAACUGCAGGACUGUAUGUGCCAAGCAGCCCUUCAACAUAAUGGAAGAAACCUGUAAGUCCUACAGUCAUGUGGCGAUCAAGGAGGUGCGUUUCUUCAAUCUGAAAGCCCUCUACUCAUUGCUGAGGGACCCUUCCCUCAACUUGCACAUCAUUCACCUCAUACGGGACCCCAGGGCUGUGUUCCGCUCUCGGCAACGCACAGAAAAGAAUCUAAUGCACGACAGUCAUAUUGUCAUGGGUAGCCAGUGGAAUGGACUGAAGAAUGAGAACCGGCCGUAUCACUUGAUGAAAGUUAUUUGCCAAAGCCAAAAGGAAAUCUAUAAGGCAGCCAAGUUGCUACCAGACUCCCUAAGAGAACGCUACCUGCUAAUACGCUAUGAGGACUUGGUGCACGACCCACUUACCCAGACCUCCAAAUUGUAUGAAUUUGUAGGGUUACCCUUCCUGCCUCACCUCCAAACCUGGGUGCAGAACAUCACACAGGGCAAGGGCAUGGGGGGACAUGCCUUCCAAACAAACUCCAGGAAUGCCCAAAACGUUUCCCAGGCCUGGCGUUGGUCCUUACCUUAUAACGAUGUGGUCCGAUUACAGAAUAUUUGUAGAGAUAGCAUGAACGUGAUGGGCUACCUUCCUGUACUGUCUGAGCAAGAUCAGAGAAAUCUGUCAUUGGGUCUUCUCUCUCCUCUUGGGAUGCCCUAAAGCUUGGCAAACAAAUGCAAGAAAACAGCUAUGGUCAGCUGAUGCUUCUGAAUCGAAAUGUUUCUCUAUGGUCAUACGUGUGAGCGUGCCAUUGUAUGGACUGCGUGUACUUAAAUGAAUCUCUGCAUACAUAUUUAUGUCCAAAAGUUAAAAAAAAAUGGGUUUAGGUGCCUUGUGAUAGAUAGCUAGAUAGAACCAAAAAUGGUGUUAACUCUCCUUGUGUUUGACCCUCCUCUCUUUUGGUCUCCUUCACAGCUCUUGCCUUAUAGACUAUGGAUUAAUCCCACAACCCUAGCUGCCCAUCCCUUGUCCAAUGGGAGAUAAAAAGGCAAGGCUUAGCAAGGACAACCAAGAACAAAACAGCUGUGGGUAUGAAUUAAAAUAUUUAUACCUCUAUAUGCUUACUCUCUCAGGGCAACGAAUCUUUUUUCUUGGAUUAAAAGUGCUAAAUUACUGCCAGGAAACUGAAUAACCAUAACUUAAAGAAAUAUCUUUAAAAUAAGAAAGAAACAUCUUUUCCUUGGGACCCGACUCACCUUUUUCUUUUUCUCCCAAGUCAAAGGCAUAUAGGUAAAUAGAUGCAUCUGGAACGGCUGACACAUCUAUCUAUAUUUUUUCAAAGUAGAACCUCAUAUUGUAUUGUGUUCCCUGAGAGUUGGUCUGAAUAUUGCUUGUUAUCUGAUGACUACUAGUGUUAUAAUCUUGGGUCUUCUUACCCUUCCUCUCAUUGACAUGCUUUAUGCUCAUGCUAUUUUCAUAUUAUUACUUCAUCUAAAUACUAUGAAGUCCAUAGAUCAGUUCCAAGGACAAGACAAGACACUACCAAAUCUACAAUGCUGAUCUUUUCUCUCUCUCAAGUCCUUGGUGGAGAAUGAAUUGGAGAGUCAGCUAAUGACACUGCACUUUGUAGGAGGAAACAUCAGGCUUUCCUUGAGAGGAUUCUGUACAGAUCUGACCCCUCUACCAGAUAAUUUUAGAUGUGAGGUUCUAUUUGUCUCAUCCUGGUCAUAAAGAUAAAUGACAUCUUUGUAACACUACCAGCAAUCUCUUUGCUCAGUGAGAGAAUGCCCCUUCUGAAUAAUGUGUACACUUUGAAAAAUUGAAUAUAAUCACAUUUUAUGUCGUAAGCCUGCCAAAAAUCCAUUUCUUAAAUUUGACCUAAUGUCUCAUCCAGCAUUGGCCUCAGUGACUCAUUCAGGUAACUGGUUACUGGGACUGUGUUGAUGGGAAUAGUUAUAACAUGUUGGCAGCGUCUUCAGAGUCAGUUUGCUUUGACUGGACUAUGUCUGGAGUUAAAUGACCCCUUUUGUCCUGAUGUCUUAAUCCUUCCUAUCCUAGAGAAAGAAUUCCAGGCAUCAUCUAAGGGUGAUGUUGAUUCUUCCUUCUUGUUCCCCUCUGACAAAGCCUCUUCUCAGCUAACUCUGUAUAGAAGAUUCUUUUUCCUAUGGAACAUUUUUAUGUAUGGUGGUUCUGGGAAGAACAGAAAAACCCUAGAAUGGCUUAGUCAUUAAAACCGGCGUUCACAUGUCUUCCAAUGACUUCAUUUGACUGUGAAUUCAGCUCUUUUCCUACCUCUUUUUUUUUGUGCUGAAGAUCCCUUAAAUUGCUGCUGGAGAACACCAAAUAUGUUACGAAUUAAGAUACUGUAAGAUGCUGCCCUUUGCCAGCUAGAAUUCUUGGGGUUCACGUGUACCCUGUGGUGUCAAAGGAGCCAGUUUACUUAGACAGUGAACCCUGCACAUUCAUGGAAAUCCUUUGGAAAAUAUGAACUUUUCCCAUUCAAUCUUCUUUCUCCUACAACUCCUCCCAAACAGAGGGAAAAGUGAGCAUUCACAGUCGGCUGAGUUACAGAGGGUAGGGCCAAGACACUGAAGUUAGUGUCCAGAGAAACAAGGCUGAGCUCAAGGUGGCAGUGCCAGCAGGGUGGAGGAUGAUGGUGAGUUGCAGCCUGGGGAGAAAACAAACUUCUCUUCCCCUGGAAAUCCCUGCAGUUGCACAAAUUGUUCCAAAGACAGCAACUUCCUUUGGAAAUGACAGUGCUCUGGGAUCCUGGAGAAAGUCAAAGCUGGCUUGUACCUUUUUUUAAAAGUAAAAACCCUAUCUGAAACCAAGGCAGGAGAUGGGAUGGAAACCUGCAGGAAUGCCCCACAUUCUAACCACAGACCUUCCUGAUAACUAUUCCAGUUCACUGUAUAGAAAAGCAAUGACUUCUUAUUUGUCAGAGCCCAGUUGAGACACCUAGACAACCACCAGUCCCCCCCUUACAGGAUAGUCUGUCUUUAUUUUUCCGUGAGAUCUUAUGUCUAACUUCUUCUUAUAGAUGAUGAUGAAAGAAACAUCUAAAAAAGAAAUGUUCUUAAGUAGAAGUUUGCACAAAACAAUAUUGUGAUCACUCUUAAAAUAGAAUGUAAACAUAUUUUAUAACAUAAGCCUACCAAAACCUCAUUUCUUAAAUUUGGCCCAGUGUCUUGGCCACCAUUGGACUUAGUGACCCAUUCAGGUAGCUGGUGACUGGGACUGUGCUGAGGGGAACAGUUGUGGCAGCUAUAUACCUACAUUAAGUGAGUUCCUGCUCAAAUGACCAUUUGAGGUGAGCUUGUGGAACCUGAAAUUCAAUCUACACUAGAGAACCAUGUAAAGGGCUCCUUUUAUGUUUGCAAAAAAAGUAAUCUGGAAAAAUGACAGCCAUUUCUCUCCCCUUAUCUUAUUCCUUUGAACUGAACCUGAAAGGUUAGGUUCAAACGUGGGUAGAAGUUGACACAGAUCCUAGAGUUCCUUAAUCAAAUUAGGGCUUUGGGGGAAUUUUACCUGAUGUCCAGAGGCAAUAUGGUGAUAUAAGGUGCUCAGUUAAAGAUAAGAAAUAGUUGUCUUUAGGAUAGGGCAAAAUAAGUAUCUACCCAGAUUCCAACAACUUUUCUGGAAAGGUGGUUAUGGUUUCCAUAAGAAUGCUUUUAUCUGCAAUUAUUACCAUGUGCCCAUCAUGGCUGCUGCUUGAGUCUAUGAUAAGAAUUAUUAGAUUGACUUAAUUCUUUUAGAAAUUUUUACUAAAAAUUUGAUCUUUGUGAAUAUUGAUUGAGACAGGCACAGAUGCUGUCUCAAUGGGCUGGCCAUUGGCUCCAAUAUAUUUUUAUGUAAAAUCCGUUAUCAUAUAUUUGUAAUAUGGCUCAAUAUAAUAGAUUUAAGACUUGUUUGAUAAAUGAAUUUUCUCUGUAGUUGUAAUAAAAACUGAAUUAAAUUAUGCUAUCAAUUCCUUAUUAAUUCACAGGUAAAAUUCAAAAUGAAAAUGUCUGUCUUGUUCAAAAUUAAACCACAAAGGGUCCUUUGCCUGCA